GGGUUUUGGACCUGGGGGGUCAGAUUAUUUUUGGUUUCAGCUCGGGUCGGACCCAGGAGAAGCCGGUCUCAACUUCAGCUCCUGGACUUGAACUGGGUCAGAACCAUGACCGGGGGGAACGCAGAGCUGUUUGAUGGAGAGAAGACGGGUCGAGGUCUGAGAGCCACCAGGGACCUGCACACCGGGGAGGUGGUUCUGGCAGAACCCGGGUACUCUGCUGUGGUCUGCGACAGCCAAUCAGCUGUGAGCUCUGCUCUUCACUCCAAGAUGAGGAUGGAGCUGCGAGCUCUGAGGAACAUCUCAAAGGGAGAGGAGCUGACCUUCAGCUACAUGGACCCCCUGAACCUUUCAGCUGAUCGUCAGAAGCAGCUAAAGGAGCGUUUCCACUUUGACUGCAGCUGUGAGCGCUGCAGCCAGCACCUCGGUGACGACCUGAUGUCAGCCGCUGCAGAAAGCAAACCUCCUGCUGAUAAGGUCAAAGAGCUGAAGGCCUUCAGCCAGGACAGUCUGCAGAAGAUUGAAACAGCCGAACACGCUGGAGACCACAGCCAGGUGCUGAAGGUGUGUCAGGAGCUGCUGCAGAAGCAGCAGGACGUUUUGGCCGACACCCACCUGCUCAGGCUGCGAGCUCUGGGCGUGGCCACCGAGGUGCUCUCACACCUGAAGAAGUUCUCUGAGGCGGCAGAGUUCGCCCGGCAGAUGGUGGAGGGAUACGAGAAGUUGUCCCACCCCAACAGCCCCCAGCUGGGGACGGUCUUGAUGAGGGCGGGGGUCAUCCACUGGCACGCGKGCCAGAUCGAGGCAGGCCACAACAUGAUCUGUAAGGCCUACCGGAUCCUGAUGGUGACCCACGGACCGAACCACUCCAUCACCAGAGACCUGGAGUCCAUGCGCUCCCAGACGGAGGCGGAGCUAAAGAUGCUGAGGGAGGUGGACCUGAAGAACCUGCCCAUGUCCAGAAGCUCCUCUGCUGAAGAAAACAUUAAAGGCUUCCUGCGCAAGCAGUAAAAAUUAAAUGUCCAGAAAGAAGAACCUGCAGGUCAUAAAAUGACCCGUUCCUCUGGUGGGCCCGAAUCUUUGGAAGGAUUCAAAUAAAACUGGAGUUUCUGCUGUUUAUCUCCUACAAAAACCA